UAUUUUAUGGUCUCUCUCUCUCCUCUUCCUCUUUUGGAUCUCUCUCUCUCUCUCUCUCUCUCUCUAAAUGACGGGAACGAUUCGGUCGAAGGAAUUAUCAUUGGAAUGACGUUAUUUUUCACGAGGAAAAACCGAAAAGCACAGAAAAGUUACAAGAUUCAAUUACUCUAACCCUGCCAUCUCUCGACGUUAAUUACUGGAAUGACAAGAUUGUCAAAACUUAUUUACCCCCCACAAAAAAAAAGGGGCAUAAGAUGAAUGUUCCUUCUUGGUCGGUAUUGACAUUGUUCUAGACUUGGGAUUCAGUCAAAAUUAAGAGGGGACCAUCUUGAUAUCUGUGAACAUAUGAUUUUUCCCCCGUCAAUGUUGGAGGAAUAAAUGGCUGUUUCCAUGCAAGAACCAAGGCAAGAGAACACAACUGACAGCUACCCUUUGCUCAUGGAGCCGCAGGAAAACAAUGAAAAUCAGGAACACUUAAUCGACAUAGAAAGGGGUAGUGAUGCUUCCUCUUCAGGUUCAUCUCAAAAUGGUUCUCCUAGGGGAUCAACUCUUUCCCAUCGUGAAGAUAGACCCUCAAGUAGCAUUCCGAUCCCCAUAACUCAAUUACCUUCAUUGGCAUCGAAUAGCUCAAACUCCAGAAGCUCUCCAACCACAAGAAGAGGGGAAGGGUCUGGCCGUCGUCAUUGGAGUCCUUUUAAUACCGUCUUAUGGCUAUCCAUUGAGCUAGUGUUCACUCUAGGUCAAAUAAUAGCUGCCAUCGUUGUUUUGGCCAUCUCAGGACACGAGAACCCACAAACUCCACUGUUUGCUUGGAUUGUGGGUUAUGCAGUUGGGUGUGCAGCAAGCCUGCCUAUCAUUUAUUGGCGUUAUCUUCACUGCAAUCAGGGUGCAGAACAAGGGUCAGCUCGAUUACGUCAGGGUUCUUCCCAAGGCAAUACCACACCAGAACCUAACUCUUACAUAACUAUCUCAUUAGCUCGGAAUGCAGAAGAGGAAGCUGGUCAGAACACAUCUUCAGGAAUUUGGAAUGGUCAAAGAGGGGGAGCUCCAAAUGCUAGGCUCAGUGUGGUGAUGGACCAAUCAAAGAUGGCUCUGGAUUGCUUCUUUGCAGUAUGGUUUGUAGUUGGCAAUGUGUGGAUCUUUGGAGGGCAUUCAUCUUCUUCUGAUGCCCCCAAUUUAUACCGGUUAUGUAUUGUGUUUCUUACAUUUAGCUGCAUCGGGUAUGCUAUGCCCUUCAUUUUAUGCUCGAUGAUUUGCUGCUGUUUGCCUUGCAUCAUUUCAAUUCUUGGUGUCCGUGACGAUGUGAAUGGAAUGAGAGGAGCUACUGAAGAAAUUAUUAAUGCUCUGCCAACGCACAAAUUCAAGUCGAAGGAAAAAGAAAGUCACAGCAGCAGAGACAGUAAUUCAGGAGUUGAGGAAGGUGGAUUUUUGGCAGCAGGAACAGAAAAAGAGCGUGUUAUCUCAGGGGAAGAUGCUGUGUGUUGCAUUUGUUUAGCAAGAUAUGCAGAUAAUGAUGAGUUGAGGGAGUUGCCUUGCUCACAUUUCUUCCACACAGAGUGCGUAGAUAAAUGGCUGAAGAUCAAUGCUUCUUGUCCCCUCUGUAAAUUUGAGAUUGUUGACACCAACGAGAAUUCACCUCCUCCAGCAGACUCCACUCAGCAAGUGUGAAGGUGCCAAAGGAUUUGAAUUACAUGGUACACGAAUGUGGUCAGUUUGUGGGAUUGACUUGCUCUUUUAAUGGAAACCGUUCAUUCUCUUCAGCUGAUUCUUCCGAAUCUUUCCCCUUUUCUGGCCAUUGAAUCCAGGUUGUACAGUUGAGAGUCAAACCAAGAAUCUUUCUCGAGAGUGUAUAAUGGAAUGUCAUAUUUAAGAGAUCCGGAUCGAUUUCAAGAUAUAAGGCUGUAAAUAGAUACUGGAAAAUGUUAUCUUGAAUGGAUGCAUGAUUGAACUGGAA